AUGCCUCAGCUGAUGGUCUCCCACUCCAGAGGUCAGGGGGGUUCAGGACAGGGAGAGAGAGGGGGCUGGGACUGGGAUCGUAAAUGGAUGGAGGAAGUGAUGGAGGACGGGGAGGGAGAAGCAGCGAAGAGGGGCUGGAAACUAGAGAGUUUGAACCGAACGCCGUCUGACUUUCAGUCUCAGGAAACAUCUUCCACACAGAUUCUGAAGAAAUUGCCACACUGGAACCUGAACUUUCAAGGCUGGUGCAGCUUAGCUCUCAUAGCUGCAGUGUGGUUCCUCUGCCAGGUGGAGGCGCCGCUGCACCCCUCUGUGUUACUGGUGGGUGUGUGCUGGAGGCUGCUGGUGGUGUGUUUGGUGUGGACGCUCCCGGCAGGCUGUGUUCAUGCCUUGAAGAGCAGCCUGAGGCCAGGACAGAGCUGGGGGGAGCAACAGCUGAGGAUGCAGACUGUGUCUGAAAGCAGGAGCAUCCAGUAUUCAUGGACGCCCCCGCCCAGGAGCCCGGGCCCCGGCAUUCCUCUGGCCUUUGCCCUGGCCGACAGCCUGCUGCUCUGUGUGCUUCAGGAGCCCCUCCCAGACCCCAGCGUACCCCACAUCAAGACUCUGAUCUGCAGGCUGGAGUCGGUGUUUCACACUCUGGAAAAAGCUGACGUUGAUUCAGAAGAGAUGGACUCUGACCCCAAAGUAGUGGAAAAACUGAAGUUCAUCAAAGCCUACCUGCAGAAGAGGCUGAGCUCACUGUGCAGCCUCGUCCACGUGCAGGGGGAUUUUGAGUCCAGUGUGAAGGUCAUGUUGGAGGGUCUGGAUGGCCUCUGGGCUCAGCUGGAGGAGCUCCACACAGGGGUCACGCUCACCAAAGAGGGGAGUCAGGGCCACAGGGACCUGGCCUCGGCCCGGACAGACGCAGAGAAUUUGUUUGCCGUCCUGGGACGCUACAGGAAAAGACUUCAGCGCUGCCAGAACCAUCUGAAAGACAGCACACAGCUACUGCAGGAGUUAACUUGGAGUCACACUCAUAUCAGUAACCGUGUGAGGAGCAGCAGUGAGUCUGUGUGGCCGGAGCUGCUGCUGCAGUCCAACAUGGAGCAGUUUGAUAAGGUGCAGGAGAACUUCCUCUCCAUGGAGCAGCAGACCUCUACCUUCCAGGCUCACCUGGAGGGGCUCGCGAAAGGGAACCAGAACGGACAUAGUCCUUCACUCGGGGUCCACUCAGGCUCAGUGUCUCGUCACUCUUCUCUUCAUCUUCAGACAAACGCUGUGACACCAGAGCAUAGCUCGCCCUCUGCUUCGACAGCCGUCCCUCUAAAUAAUGAAAACACAGACAGAGACAAAAACUCUCCCCUGUCGCUGUGUGAGAGGUCGGCUCUGCAGUUCUCCUCCACCAUCAGCCGCCUGAGGAAAUCUGGACGGAGGAAAUGAUUUCAUGAGACUGUGCAGGAAUAUUCUGCAGGUUUGAUGCUUUAAGGGAAAAGUUGUCAAAUGUUGAUCAUUUGCUGGUUGCCUGACAGUUGAUUAUUUAUUACUUUGCAAAAUUAUUGCUUUUCUGAUUUUUACUUGUGGUAUUUUGCUGUAAUAUGUAUA